GGGUGGGUAGAUCGUGCAUACUUGACGCAUCUUGAGAGAGAAAGAGAGAGAGAGAAAGAGAGAGAGAGAGAGAGAGAGAGAGCGAGCGAGCAUCAAACGGGAUCCUCAUCCUGCAUCACUUUGGAAUCUCGCUCUCUGCAUCCAGCGCUGCUUCACCUGCUCCGCUGUUUCCUCUGGCUGAUUCAGUGAGAACACCACCCUCCUGUCACAUCUAACCAGACAUUAAUGUGUCUUAUAAUGCUCGUCACACAUCAUUGACUGCAGAGAUUGUUAUUUUUUUCUUUUUACAUCUUGGUCUUGACUGCUGUGUAAAAGUGACCGGCUGUUUUCUCCCCCCACCCCCCCCCUGUGCCAUGGUUCGUGCCAUUUGAGGCUGGCAAUAUGUGAAUUUUGUGGGAAGACGCUGCGUCUUCUGGGACUGGUGGACUAUUUCACAACUGGGAUUUUCUUGUGUUUUACCCGAGAUUUUCACUCUGCACCCUGAAACAUCUUGCAGUAGACCGUGAUGUUGCUGUGCUGCGUGAACUGACAGCAGAGUGUGCGCUAUCGUUGGCAAAUUGCGUGUGGGACUGGGGGAAAAAUGAAAGCUCCCAUUCCUCUCCUCGUCCUGCUCAAUGCUGUCAUGGUCCCUUGUCUGAAAGUGGUGUCCAAAAGAGGCUCAGUGGAAGGCUGCACAGACUGGUCAGUGGACUACCUGAAGUACAGGGUGCUGGUGGGGGAACCCGUGAGGAUUAAGUGUGCUUUAUUUUACGGAUACAUCCGGGCCAACUACACCCACGCACAGAGCGUUGGACUCAGCCUUAUGUGGUACAAAAGUGCUGGCCACGGGGACUUCGAGGAGCCAAUCAGUUUUGACGGCACCAGGAUGAACAAGGAGGAGGACGCUAUAUGGUUCCGACCGGCAGAGUUGGAAGAUGUGGGAUAUUAUUCCUGUGUACUAAGAAAUUCAACAUACUGCAUGAAGGUCUCCAUGUCUCUGACGGUGGCGGAGAACGACACCGACCUCUGCUACAACUCCAAAAUGAGGUUCUUUGAAAAAGCCGCACUAAGCAAAAGCAAAAACAUCACCUGCCCUGCUAUUGAGGAUUACAUACAGCAGGGGGCGGAGCCUGACAUUGUGUGGUAUAAGGAAUGUAAACCAAAGCUGUGGAGGCAGAGCAUAGAGAGACGGAGGGACACGCUCUCCAUCGGUGACGUACAGGAAGAUGACAUAGGGAAUUAUACGUGCGAAUUACAGGUCGGGAAUUUUGUCGUGCGGAGGACAACAGAGCUAUCAGUCACAGCCCCAUUCACAGAGAAGCCCCCGAAAAUCCUUUUCCCGUCAGAGAGUGAAAUGAACGUCAUUGAGGUGGCUCUAGGGAGUCCCAUCAACCUGACUUGCCGAGCUUUCUUUGGGUACAGCGGAGACGUCAGUCCACUCAUCUACUGGAUGAAGGGGGAAAAGUUCAUCGAGGAUCUGGAUGAGGAGCGGGUUCAGGAGAGCGACAUCAAGACAAUCAAGGAACACCUGGGCGAGCAGGAGGUCUCCAUCUCCCUGAUCGUCGACUCGCUGGAUGAGAAUGACCUGGGCAACUACACGUGUUACGUGGAGAACGUCAACGGACGGAGACAGGCCAACAUCCAGCUUAUCAGGAAAGCAGAGCUGAUGUACACGGUGGAGCUGGCUGGAGGCCUGGGAGCCAUCUUCAUGCUGUUGCUGUGUCUGGUGACGCUGUACAAAUGCUAUCGCAUCGAACUCAUGCUCUUCUACAGGAACCACUUUGGCAGCGAGGACUUAGACGGAGAUAACAAGGACUAUGAUGCUUACCUGUCCUACACCAAAGUGGACCCCGAUCAGUGGAACCAGGAGACUCGUGAGGAGGAACGCUUCGCCCUGGAGAUUCUCCCUGACGUCCUGGAGAAGCAUUACGGGUACAAACUCUUCAUCCCAGACAGGGACCUGAUCCCAACAGGAAGUUUCACCAACGACCAUUUCCAGGAUGACACCCGACUACUUCGAGCCUACAUAGAGGACGUGGCCCGCUGCGUGGACCAAAGCAAACGCCUCAUCAUAGUCAUGACCCCCAGUUACGUCCUGAGGAGGGGGUGGAGCAUCUUUGAGCUGGAGACGCGCCUGCGCAACAUGCUGGUGACCGGCGAGAUCAAGGUCAUCCUGAUCGAGUGCGCCGAGCUGCGCGGCAUCAUGAACUACCAGGAGGUGGAGGCCCUCAAACACACCAUCAAAAUGCUGACGGUCAUCAAGUGGCGCGGACCGUCCAGCAACAAGCUCAACUCCAAGUUCUGGAAGCAGCUCAUCUACGAGAUGCCCUUCAAGCGCAUGGAGCCCCUGAGCAUCUCCCACGAACAGGUGCUGGACGUCAGCGAGCAGGGCCCCUUCGGUGAGCUUCAGACCGUCUCCGCUAUCUCUAUGGCCUCAGCAACAACCACCGCCCUGGCGACCACUCACCCUGACCUGCGCUCCACCUUUCACAGCACCUGCCACACCCAGCUGAGGCAGAAACACUAUUACCGUAGCUACGACUACGACCUGCGACCCGGCGGAACGCUGCCGCCGAUGUCCUCUCUGGGCAGCCAGCACACCUACUGCAACAUCCCUAUGACGCUGCUCAACGGACAGCAGCGACCGAUUACCAAGUCACCAAGGCAGCAGAGCAUGGAGGAGGCCCACGGUAACAACGCCAUGCUACCACUGCUCCCCAGAGAGACCAGUAUAUCCAGUGUCAUCUGGUGACGGCGGUGGGUCCGUGUGACAACCACCUCCGGGAAAUGCUCAGACCCUGACCAAACUAGAUCCACGUGAACCCGAGGGCCUCUGAAGUACUCGCCGCUGUUGAGUUUAAACCACUAGGGGUCAUGCAGGUGGUGUGGCAUCUUUUGGGGUUUUUUUUAUAAAUGGUCUAAUAAGAGCUUUUAUUAAAAACUGAACAUCAAAAAAAUCAAGAAGAACCUUUUUUUUUUAGGUCUGUCUAACCCUUCAAGCCAACACCUAUGAAUUUACCUGGUAUAUAAAAGGAAAACAGGGUCCUGUGUAAAUAUAAUAUACAUUCUAUUCUAAUUCUUUGUAGCAUCAGUGUUUGGAACUUGUUUCUUUUAACUGUUUUUAAUCAUGAUUUGUUUUCCGUUUCUAUCCAGCAGCGAAGCAACGGCUGGUGAAGCGUGUGGGUUAAAGCCGUGUUUAUCACCAUCUUGUUGCUUGUCUUGUUUUCAAAGCUUUUUUUAAUUUAAUUUAAGUUUAUGUUUUUGAUGGAAGUUGGAACUGCAAAAAUGUGCAGCCUCUGCCAAAUGAAAACAAUACAGUUUUAGGGGGUGUGAGUAGAAGUGGACUCGACCUGAAUAUGCAAAUGAUGGCAAAAUAGCGGAAAUAAAGGGGGUCAAAGUCCAAACAGUCAUCUGUGGAGAAGGUUUGGUCUGUGAAGGUACGAAGAACACGGUGCUAGGCUUCAUGUCACAUCUUACUUUGAAAGAAAAGAAACUUUGACAUUUACCUUAACAGAUGAUUGAAACCUAAUUGUGUGUGUUAUUAUUUUAUGAGAAAUAGAGGAAACAAAGUCUAUUUUUGUAACAGAGGACUAUUUGCUUAGUAAAGCUAUAAAUAUGGAGAAACAGGAGGGAGUGAGGAAACAUGGGAAAGUGCGUAAAGUCAUGAACAACCAUCAGCUGAACACUCGAUGGUUCAACUUAAUGUUUUUAUGCAGAGGUCCCCAACCACUGGGUCCCAGACCAGCAUGGCGCCAUGAGUCAUGUGAUUCGAGGAUGAAGCAUUUUACUGAUUAUUGGUGCGAAAGUACUUUUUUGAUGUAAUUGUUGCAAUCACAACACACCUCAGGAGCCUCGUCAAAAUAAAAGUCUUUGAGGAGUUUUUUCCAAAGACUUUUAUUUUGACAAGCCUACAGAGGAAACAGAAUACAAAUGAACAUACACUCAUAUGACAAACCCUCUCUGCAAAAUAUUCAGCCAAUUGGUGUCUUUAUUAUUGUUUUAUUGAUAUAUGGUUUUAUUUUGUCAAUUUUCUCUCGCAGCACCUCGACGACUGCUCUGUGAGAAUAUAGACACAGAACUGAUCUGUGGAUGAAGCAGGUUGAGGGGCUCUAGUUGAAAUAGGAAGAAUUUUGACACUUCCCACAGUUGACGGCAGCUCAGCGGGAUGUUUUGUAGGUGUUGCAAGUUGACUUGUCAACACAGCAACACCGUCGAUGAUGUCAGAGCUGACAGAGGAGAGAGAAACUACAACUAGCUUCUUGUCAGUGGCCCAGUUUUUGUUGGGUCAAAUGGAGUUUUUCCGGUUCUUUCCAGGCCUGAACUGUUUGAUCUUAGAUGUAAAAUAGCAACAGAUAGGGCUUUGACGUCUGAUCAAUGCUUGACAUAGAAGUUUUCCAUCAAAAGUCUAACAGUUGUUAUCAAGCUAACACUUACUGUACAAGGCCCCACUUCCAGGUCAGUUGGUACAAAGUCAAAACAAAAUGGGAUAAAAAAAAAUAAAAGUUGAAAGCUGGAAGUUUUAUUCAACGGGGAAAGGGACAAAGGAAAUACUUAGUAUUAGUAUUUAGUAUUAGUAAAUUUACCAGGAAUAUGUUUAUACUACACAUAAUAAUAUUAAAAAUUUUGGACAGAAGCAAAUUGCAUAUUUUUCUUUUCAGUUGUUGGCACAUUAAAGAGCUGAGCUGCUCCGUGCUCUGUGGUCUCCUUUGACUGAUUCCCCUCUUUAUGAAUCACCUGCAGGUUUAAGUAAGGGACAGAUCUGGACUGCAGGCCGGCCAAUCAAACACACUCACUUACAACAUUAACAGUAACUAGUGCAGAUAUUUUCUUUGUCCUUUUUUCUGAUGAAUAAAGAUUCAGAUGAUUCACCAGUGUAGAUUCUAGGCUUUUAUUUCUUUUGUUUCACUCUAUCUUAAAAUGGGGUUGGAAAUAAAAUAUAUCAUUGAAAACAAAUCCUUCUGGUGAAUCUGUUAGGAGACUAAUGGCUUAAACCAGAGAAGAAUGUAGUGAAGAUGGAAAAUAAAUAAAUAAUGCAGUAUUUGAACCUAUACAAUUAAAAAAAUAUAUUUAUAUAUAAAGUAAUGUUAGACCAAAGGAAGACGGAGUGUGGCUGUGUCAGAGCUUUGAAGGCCAACCACACACACAACAUUAAAACAUCUCCAAAUUCACCAGUACUAUCAAAAUAUGCAAAUAAAUCAUUGACAACUUUUAUUUCCCCAUAUCCUCAUCAAGAGUUUUAAUGAUGAGGCUUUGUAUUUUUGACCUGGUCUGUGAGCGUGCGUGUGUGUGAGUGUGUGUGUGUGUGAGUGAUGACAGUCAGGACCAUUGACCAUAUCUAAACA